CCGCUCACCUACGAUGUCCUGCAGCGAAUGAAAUACAUGGACAUGGUAGCGUCGGAGUCGCUCCGUAAGUGGUCGUCGGCUCCGUUUGUCGAUCGACUGUGCACGCGGGACUACGUGCUGGCCACGGGUGACGACGGAGCCGAGGUCACCAUCGACAAGGGGACGGUUGUGUUCAUCCCAAUCAGUGGCAUCCACCACGACCCGCGCUACUACUCCGAUCUGGAGCGCUUCGGCGAGUCCGCUCGGGACAACAUUACACCCGGCACCUAUCUGCCGUUCGGGAUUGGGCCACGCAACUGUAUCGGCUCGCGGUUCGCGCUGAUGGAGUUGAAGGCCAUCGUUUACCAUCUGCUGCUGGAGUUUUCGUUCGAACGGUGCCCCGAAACACAGGUUCUGCCACAGUUGGCCAAGGGAUUCAUGGGGCUCAGACUGGAAAAGGGUAUCCAAAUCGAGUUUAGACCAAGACGUCCGCUGUCACGUUGA